GGAGGAGGGUCCGGGUCAUAGGGAACUUUUCACAACUUUUCUCUCUUCGCGAGGGAGAAAAAGAGAACCACCCAGGAAGGCGGUGCGUGGGGAAGGCGUGGGGUUUUUUUUUUCUUUUUCCAACUGGAAGUUUCUGUCCCAAGUCUGUGAAAUGGGUGGAAGCGGGGACGCGGCGCCGAGAGGAUGAGGGAAAGGCGCCUUUAGCGCGACACUCCGGGCUUCCAAAGCGGGCCAGCCUCCUGCGUGUUUGGCGUGGGGUGUCUUUGAGCAGGAAGGAAGGAAGGCAGCCCUUUCUCCAACCCCGAAGCGCUUCCUCUAAGAGGGGGCUUGGGUUUCAAAGCGGUGCGUGUCUUCAGGGGCUUUGUGACUUCACUGGCGGGCCCCUCUGUGACCCCCGGGCCCCUUUCCCCGCCUCGUCCUGGAUGGCUGGCCCCGGAGAGAGGCAGGCGCUGCUCCGCGGCCGAGGGAGGUGGGCGCAGAGGAUGCCCGGCUGCAUCAGGGGCGCGGCCUUCCUCCCCGCGCUGCUCGUCUCCUGGUCUUCCUCCGCCUUCGUCGUCCCCUACGUGAUCGCCGUCCUCGAGGGCCACGUGGAGCCCCUCUUCCCCUACAUCAGUGAUACCGGAGCAAAACCUCCAGAAAGUGGUAUAUUUGGAUUUAUGAUUAACGGUUCUGCCAUUCUAGGUGCAGUUACAAUGUAUAUCCGAUAUCUAAUUGUAAAAAAGCAAAAUGAAAUUACGGGUUUUAUUUCUUCUUGGUGCAAUCUAUCCGCACUGACCAUUGGGCUGCUGGGCUGUAUUGGAAUGGGGAUUGUUGCAAGCUUCCAGGAGCUAACAGUCCCUGCUGUACAUGAUGGAGGAGCCCUUGUGGCAUUUCUCUUUGGUACUUUCUACAUUACGUUUCAAACGGUCAUCUCUUACAAAUCAAGCCCACAGUGGACUACUCCAUGUUUAUGCCACAUAAGGCUAUUCCUCUCUGUAAUUACCUCACUCGCGAUCCUACCCAUGAUUGCAUGUGCUUCACUAAUUUCCAUAACAAAAAUUGACUGGAAUCCAGGUGAAAAGGAUUAUGUGUAUCAUUUUGUGAGUGCAUUCUGUGAAUGGACAGUAGCCUUUGGUUUUGUGUUCUUCUUCUUAACUUUCAUCAACGAUUUUCAGAGAGUUACUGUGCGGAUAACAACAGAACUACAUGAAAACCUUUGACCACAAUCAUUGUACUUAGGAUCAUAGAUGCUGGAAUUGGAGGAGAUUAUUAAACAAAUUCUUCCACAGAAACAGGAACAGUCAAAACUAAUGUGACAUGGACCUGCUGCAUCAACACAGAUUUGUGUAAUCACAAUCAAUGAAGAGAGCAUGUAGCGUUUGUUGAUAAUCACUAAUGUAUCAUUUUUAAUCUGUGUUUUAAACCUCUUUUGUAUUUUAAAUAUGCAUUUGUUUUUACUUUUGAAAAGUGAAUCACUGAAGAAUGCAUCUCUUAAAAGUUAUUUGGCUGUAUUUGUUUGGUCAAUAAAAAUAACCCCAAAAUGAAA